CUGUAUCCAAAAUGAACAUGGCUAAUAAUACCACAUAUAAUCUAAAGUCUUACAGCAAUAAGGCUUGUGAAUUCUUGGCUAAAAUAUGAGAUCAAAUUAAUCAAAAUAAGGACAAGAAAAUACAUGAAAAUGCAAAGGAGUUUUACUUCAAACUAGUUGACUCAAUUGAUGACAAAAGCUUGCAGAUCUUCCUCACCACUUUGGCUGAAUAUGACAUGAAGAAGAUUGAUUUGAUACAAACAUACCAGAGUUGAUACACUGUAAUCCCAAAAGGAAGUGAAUUCAGACCUCUUAUUGAUAUGUUUAAUGGACUCGUGCCUGAAUCAAUGAGGAGAUAUGAUAUCAAUGAAAAGUCUACACUCCAAGGUUAUACGCUAUUACUCAGUCAGAUAAGGACAUCUGUUCCAGACAAAAUUGAUAAAAUCCAGUCUAUUCUGUUCAGCACCAACAUCAAUGAUAACGAGAAACUUCUAGCAAUGAAGGACAUUCUUUCAGGCAACCCUGAGGUUUAUGAGAAGAUAAAAUAACCAGUGAUUGAUCACUGAAAAAGACAUUGAACGUGAGCCUGCAGAGUCUGUCUCAAGUCAAGAAGUUGAAGAGGUUAGAGAAGAACCUGUUCCUAUGAACACUGAUAUUAUGAUUGGAAAUUUCUCAGAAAAAGACUCUGAACAAAAAGAAUCUGAAGAGAAGCAUAGUGAACCAGAGGAGCCAGUUGAGCAAGAGGAGGAUGAGACCUCUCAAGCAGAAGCUAGGUCCGAGUACUCUAGGCAAAGGAUUCAAGAAAUUACUCCCAAAAUUAGCACGAUUAUGUAUGCUGGCGCUUCAGGAAAUAAGCAAUUUGAUAAGAUUGAAGCAAGCCUUUUUGAGAAAAUCUUUAAUUCCUUCAAGAAAAAAUGUAAAUACGAUGAUAUCGUCAAAAUUCUCAAUCUCUACUCAGAAGGAGUCAUUGGAGCAGAUGAGUUAAAUGAGCUUAUUCAGGACCACUUCCCAGUAAACAGUGACUUGAGAGAUCAAUUCUUAAACUUGAUUUACAGUAGGGAAAAUAACAGGAGGCAACUCUCUUGGUUCACUAAGCCUAUUUCAGAAUUUUCCCUUUCAGAUUGUGCAAUUAUUGAUAAGAGUUACACCUCGUUUCCAAGCGACUUCCACAAACUAAUAUGUAGUGGGAUGGAAUUCAUUGAGCAAGAAUGCUUGAAUAGUAAAUAUGUGUCUGUCCCUCGUGGUUCAGAGUACUUCUCAUUUCAUUUGAGAAAUUCAAGUGAAGAACAGCUAUUUCUAGUAGAAGAUGAACGUUAUGAGAUGGACUCCUACCUCGGCAUGACUGAGAGCACUAUUAAUGCACUUCAGAAGCUAAAGAACCAUCAUCAAAAUUUAGACGAAUCAGAAAGAGCAAGCUUGACUGGAGAAAAGAUUAUUGAGUUAAGAGACAAGUAUGUCAAGAAACCUCAGCUAAAAUGGAUCAGGCAUAUUUACAAUUGUACUGAUGAGGAUACGAAGACCGAUCCUCGAUACAACUUCUUGAACCUUCACAACUCAGUAGUAUUCGAUAUCAUCCUAGAACGGCUGACUAAAAAUCAUCGAAACUGGAGCGAGCAGAAGAAAGAUAGACAGAAAUAAAUGGAGAAAACAGUCUAGAGAGCACUGGGCCAAGGCCCUUGAUAACCGUUCAUACCAUUUUAAAACAGCUGAAAAAUAAGGAAAUUGUCCCAAAGGCCAUGCUUAAGGAAGCCAAGGAAAGAUAUCAGAACCACCUCAGUAACCAACUUAGUGAGGAAGAUCUAUUGUCUCUCAUGAACACCUUUAAAGCAUGAGAUAACCCAUUUGUACCUGUUGAGGUAGAAGAUGAUCCAAUGACACUGAAAAGUAAUGAGCUGAAGGCACAUCCAGAGAAGCUUCCAACUUAUAGAAUGCAGGUGAGCGAUCAGUAUAGCUUUGAGAUAGCUAUAAAGAUUCUCUUUUCAAUCCUGAAGUUUCUUCCAUCUUCUCAUAAUAAUCACUCUGAGUACUUGAGAGGAUAUAUUUCUAUGUUUGGGCUAAACUGUAAAAACCCAGAUGAUGUAUCUUGCUGCGAGUUUAGCGAUAGUGAUAGAGACAUUUUGGUAGGAAUCCUAGCUCCCCAUAUCCUCAAUAAACAAGAGGAGGAUAGAGAAAGCCAAGAAAUGUCAGCAGAUGACAAAGAUCAUGAGUCAGAUAGCCCGACUCAGAAGAAAUUCAACGACUGUCUUACCUUUGCAGAUGCUGAGAACCAGACAUUCCUUGAGCUAAUCGAGCUAGAUUGUUUCAAGCUUAGCCCAGCAAAUGAGGACCCAACCAUCGAUGGAUCUACAAUCAUGAUUGAUCCUGAAGAUCAAAAGCCAGAGUCUGAGAAGAUAGAGAAUGAACAAUUCAUCCCAUAUUUCAAAUAAAGAAUACAGUGUGAUGUUUGGAAGUCCACAUCAUUACCCUUUCCUCAAGUGUCUAUUCGUGAUGUAUGAAAGAAUCAGGCUUGCUAAGAAAAUCAUAGAGGAUAAGGUAGAGCAGGAUUUCAUUGAGAACAAAGAUGCUGUCCUUCAUUCUUACAAAGGAUACAUGAAGUCUCAGGAUAGAAUUAGAGAAAACAGAGGACUUAAAGAACAAAGUAAUGGAAAUGCAGGUGACCAUGUUGGAGACGAAACAACUAUUAAAGAGAAGGUAUCCAGGCACCGCUUGGCAAUCCUGAUAGGUAUCGCUAUUACUAAGUCUAAGUCAAAGCUGGACACGACUACUUUUGAAGAGCUAAUUAGAGUAUUCUUAGGCGUCAAGGCAUUCUUUUUCUUUACUUUUGAUAAGCUUAUCGGAGUUGCCAGCAAAGCAUUUCAUAGUCUGUUUAACGAAGAGUAUCAGAAAUCAGCAGCUUUUAACCUAUAUCAGAAAUAUAACAAGCUAGGUGGUGACCAAAGGAAUAAACUGCAUGAGCUAUACUUCUGAGAGUACAAGAAUAGUUUGAAUGAAAUGAGCUCUUCCAAUGGCCAUACUUGUAGAAUAAUGUACUCGCCUAUUAGCAGGAUAAUAUCCGUUCACUACUUCGACAUGAAGAAGCCCCUGACGAGCUCUCGGCUUCUAGAGGACCUAAACGAUUACCGUGAAAAUUACAUGCAGUACGGGAUCCAUGAGGAGAUUUACUCUGGGCUAGUCGCUGGAGAAGAUAACGAGGAUCCUACACCUGAGCUAUCCAUAGCUGCUCCAAAGGUGUUCUUAAAAAGGAACCUUAAAAGAAUGCAAAAGAUAGUUGACACCGAUUGUGAUAUUGAAAUCCAUCAGCAAAUGCCAUCUUAUUUCAGCUCAAAGAAGAUUAAAAUAAGAUAUUGCAGUGACCAAACGGAUUUCAUGCAGAGGAAGCGUAAAAGGCAGAAGCAGAGCGACCAAGAUCAGCAGAAGGGAAACGACCCAGAUCCCCAACAGAAGAAAACUGAGUAG